AUGAGUGAGUCAUGGAAUAAUUACAUUCUAAAAGCUAGAGGGGAGCCAAUAAUAACAAUGCUGGAGUGGAUUCGGAGGAGAUUAAUGCAAAGAUUGGUAACCAAACGAGAGGGCAUGCUGAAACAUGGUGAAACUUUAUGUCCAAACAUUUAUGAGAAGUUGGAGAAACUUAAGAUAAAGGCAAGAAAUUGUGUUGCGGUUUAUGGAGGAAAUGGAAAUUUGGAAGUUGAUGGCUACGGAAGGACAAAUGUUGUCAAUUUGGAGUUGAAAACUUGUACCUGUGGUCAUUUUCAGCUUAGUGGCAUUCUUUGCGUGCAUGCGGUUGCCUGCAUUCAGAGCAGAAAGCUGAAAUUCGAGGAAUAUGUUGAUGCUUGUUACCAUAGGGAAGCAUAUUUAAGGGCCUCCAACUUCACAAUUGGUCCCGUUCCUUCGAAGCAGUUAUGGGUAGAUAGCAAGAUGCAAUAUCUGAACCCACCAUUGGUGAAAAAACAGCCUGGUAGGCCAAAAAAACAGAGAAAAAAGGGUCCAGAAGAGCCUACAAAUCAGCAGAAAGCAAGUAGGAAAGGACUUGCAGUUUACUGUCGGAGAUGUUUGAAAACUGGACAUAACAUACGUACUUGUAAAUCAGCGAUUGACCCUAAGUCUAAACUUUACAAAGCACCUAAAGUUGGUCAAACAGCUUCAAAGGCAACAUCCGUAGCUUCUGCUGCUCAGGCAAGCGUCUCAAGUACUGCUACUACAGUUUCACUGAAACAACGCCGAUUUUGGUACCUUAGGUCUCUCGAUCCACCGCCAAAAUUUUGGGAGUUUGACAUUUUUGGGUUCUUCCUUGAAAUGAUAGCUGAUUUUGCCCCUCCAAAGCUUUUCUUGAUCCAUCCAAAGUUGCGCUGA